AAAACCUUCAACCAUCAUCAUCAACACGCUGGCUGGUGCGGGGUCACGAACUAUGACCUUUAACAGAAGAAGAAAACCAAAGCUAAUAUUUUAUAAAAUAGCAGAGAACGCCAAAUGUGAGAUGACCGCCGCUCGGAGACCUCACUAAUGACCUUACAUCAUCAUGACGGCCAACCUGAAUCUGCUCGCUCAGCAGAAAGUGGACUCUGAGCACGAGGCAGAGGCGUCAUCCUCUCCAUCAGACUCAGUGAUGAGUGAGUCACCACAGCGCUUUCAGGUCAUUUCCACUGAGCCUGCCACAACACCACAGCGAAUACAGAUUGUAACUGACCAGCAGACAGGUCAGAAGAUCCAGAUAGUGACAGCGAUGAACCCGUCCAGUGUGCCCAAACAGCAGUUCAUUCUGACUACGGCGGAGAGCUCGGGGGCAGGCAAGGUCAUCCUGGCCUCACCAGAUAGCCACAACACUAAGCAGCUCAUUUUUACUGCUGCAGACAGCCUGAUGCCUGGAAGGAUACAGAUUGUCACAGAUCCAGUGUCAAUGGAGCGGUUGCUAGGGCAGUCAGGUGAUUUGAGCCGACAACAACCGGUGGAGUACUGCGUGGUUUGUGGAGACAAGGCUUCAGGGCGUCACUACGGAGCGGUCAGCUGUGAGGGAUGUAAAGGCUUUUUCAAACGGAGCGUGAGGAAGAACCUGACCUAUAGCUGCCGCAGUAAACAAGACUGUGUCAUCAAUAAACACCACCGCAAUCGCUGCCAGUUCUGCCGGUUGAAGAAAUGCCUUAAAAUGGGGAUGAAGACUGAGUCUGUACAAAGUGAGAGAAAGCCCAUCGACGUUGUGCCCAGAGAGAAGCAUGCCAACUGUGCUGCCUCCACCCAAAAGAUCUACAUUCGCAAGGACCUUAACAGCCCGCUCAUCGCCACGCCAACCUUUAUCUCUGAUGCAGAGACAGAUGGAUCUAGAUCCAGCCUGCUGGACCAGGGGAUGCUGGUUAAUAUCCAGCAGCCUGUCAUGCAGAGUGAUGGGACUUUACUGCUGGCCACUGACUCAAAGAUGGAGUCUGGGCAGGGAGACUUGGGGACACUAGCCAAUGUGGUGACAUCACUGGCCAACCUGAGUGACUCGCUAAAGGAGAACUUGAACAAUGGCGAUACCUCAGACAGCCAACAUGAGGAGCAAUCUGCCAGCGAGAUAACACGUGCCUUUGACACCCUGGCCAAAGUCUUCAACCCGCCUGAAGCCGGGGUUGGGCAGAGUCUGGUAGAUAAGCUGCAGUGUGUGAGUGGAACAACCAUCCAGCUGAUCGGUCGAGACCAAGAGACUCCAAUCAUUGAGGUGGAGGGACCACUGCUCACAGACAGCCAUGUCAGCUUCAAGCUGACCAUGCCCAGCCCAAUGCCCGAGUACCUGAAUGUACACUACAUCUGUGAGUCAGCAUCCAGACUUCUUUUCCUCUCCAUGCACUGGGCACGCUCCAUCCCUGCCUUCUCAGCUCUUGGUCAGGAGGCUAACACCAGUCUGGUGCGAGCCUGCUGGAACGAGCUGUUCACUCUGGGCCUUGCUCAGUGUGCUCAUGUGAUGAACCUGUCGACCAUCCUCGCUGCCAUCAUCAACCACCUUCAAAGCAGCAUCCAGGAUGACAAGCUGUCAGGUGAUAGGGUGAAACAGGUGAUGGAGCACAUCUGGAAGUUUCAAGAGUUCUGCAACAGCAUGACGAAGUUGGAGACUGACAGCUACGAAUAUGCCUACCUGAAGGCCAUAGUGUUGUUCAGUCCUGAUCAUCCAGGUGUGGACAGCAGCGGGCAGAUUGAGAAGUUCCAGGGGAAAGCCCUGAUGGAGCUGCAGGACUACGUGCAGAAAACAUAUCCAGAUGACACCUACAGGUUGACCCGCAUCCUGACUCGUCUCCCGGCCCUGCGCCUCAUGAACUCAAACAUCACAGAGGAGCUCUUCUUCACCGGCUUAAUAGGUAACGUCUCUAUUGAUAGCAUCAUUCCCUACAUCCUCAAGAUGGAGACGGCUGAGUAUAACAGCCAGGACUCUGACCCUACAGAAUGACACCCCCGUCACUCCAGCACCCAGCACUGUCGAUUUUAAAGAUUCGUGAGUCUCCGCAGAGGUGUACUCUCUUUGUCUCUCGAAUUGUUGAACCCAAAUCCAGAGUCCCGCAGCAGCUCCUUGCUUUCUAAUGAUGCAUGGUGCAAAGACAUUCAGGAAUCCGUGGCAGAUCAAUCUGGCAUUGGAAAGCCAGGAUGACACUUGGAAUGUUUUCUGGAUGUGAAGCAGAGGCGAACAGUUUCUGGCCUGAAUUCAGCGGCUCUGAACUGAGUGAAAAAGGUCUCCUUCUCUGUCUUUUAUAGCACUACAAGCUAAUUACACAUGGACUUUUGACCCAAGCCUUUCAAAUAGUUUUAGUCUUAUCAAAAUCUUAUCAUGCUUACAUGUUUAUUACAUACAUAAUGUAACACUAUUUUUUGUUGCCAGUAUCAUACAGGUUGAAUUAAGAAACACAGUCUGUAAUCUAAAAACCACAUAAACAGAAAUAUUACAUCGGAAAGGAGAAUUUCAUGAGUCUUAUUUUAGGACUAAACUAAAUCUAUGUACGUAAAUGUCCUUUAAAGCUGUAUUUGGUUAUAAUGUUAUGUAUUAUGUGCAGCAUAAACUGGUUUAAUGACUGUGCUGUUAAUUUGAGAGUUCAGAAUAAGUAUACUUUUAUGAAUGUUAUGUAACAGAGAAUUAAAUCAUGCUUUUUAAUGGUUUUCUCUCUUUCCUAAUAUACAGUUCUUUACUUUAAAUAAGUCUAAAUAAUAGCGGGAAAGAGAACUUCAGUCAGGUACAAGAAUGAACUCAGUUUAACGGCAGCAAACCUCAAUCCUUAAUCUGUAAAAUAUUCAUGGUGCAUUUAUAGAUCAUUACAACAUGAUCCAUGUCUCCAAUCUGUCUUUCAGUUUCAUCUUUAACUUGCAUUCACAGAAUGAAGUAAGCCAAAUCAGAUUGUCAAUAUGUUGUUUUUUUUGUUUGUAUGUUUUUAAUACUGAAUGACAUCUCAGAGAUUCAAGGUUUUGGAGUGUUUUUAUGUUUAGGUACACAUUUCUGUCUUGAGUAAGUUACUAAUACAACCUGUGCAAUCACCUCAUCACUUUUCCCUUUAUGACAAUCAAUUAUGUGUUAUUUCCUUCAGUCCCAUCAAUGUCAUGACUGUUCUUCUCAAACUGCAUUUUGUACAUGUAUUUAUCAAUGGCAAUUAUUUCUUUUAAGGAAUUAGCUCUUAAACAUUUUGGGUUGAAAAAAUAUUGCUUAUGUGUAGCUAUGCUACUUUUUGUACUUGUGUUUGCAUUUGUAUUCUGCUAAGUGCACAUCAAUCAGCUUUUGUGGCGUUUCUUUGCGUUCAUGCUGACUAAAACUUUUUGUUUUGUAUGUUUUAUAAAAAAUGUGUUGUGAACAAACUUGCUUGUUGCAUACUAAGUGUACUUAAAGUACUUUUGGGCAGGUUUCCCUGAUUUUAAAAAAGAGGCAUUUUUUAGGAAGCCAGUCUCAAGUGCAUUGAUGUCUUUAAGACCAUAUGAAGAUAUGCAUCGUCUUACCUACAUAUAAGGUAUAAAGGUUCAGAAUAAGCAUCCGCAGCAACAUGAAUGAUUAAGGGGAUGUAAAGAAGUCAACAAUGAUUAUGUCUUGUGAAAUAAAUGUCAAUUGUAAUAUUUGGGUUUAAAACCCACACAGACUGUUUGUAAAGACACUGGUGUGAAACGACCUUUGUACGUGAAAUUUCAUUAAAAAUGAGUGCAUGUUGUUUUUAAGCGGAGUUUUAAAAUCUGGUCGCUGUCUGCCCUAACAAGGAGCAUCAUUCUAAUUUUUAUAGUUCAUUGCAGUGCAUGAAAAAGUUGCUUAAGUGCAUUUUAUGAAAUGCUGUAUAAAAAAUAUUCAUUUAAAUGUUGUGGCUUUAAAAUAUUUACCAUGAGCAGCUCCAACAUUAAAAGGAUAUUAGAUCAGAAAAUAUUUUAUCUCAUCUUUGUGGUUGGAGUAUCCUACGGUUAAAAUUUUGUACUAUGUAAAUGUUCUUUGUUUUUUUGCCCAUUGUGAAAUGUAUUUCUUCAAACAUUGAGAUUUAGUAAUUCAACAACAUUCAUGUUUUUCUCAAGUUUGUCAUAACCUUACAUUUCUACCUCACACCAAUGAAGAUGUAAAACAAGCGUAUUAACGACUGAGCUCCUGUAUCAGCAUUCCAGUCUCUGAGGCUGGCUUCUCUGAAGCCACACAUUA